AUGGCCAGAAAAAAGGCCUCUGCCGCGGCAGAUCCUAGAGUAACACGCUCUGCUGCUGUUGGUCAAGCACCUGUGCUGAGGUUCCGGCCUCAUGAAGGCUCAACGUCAGUUAUUCAGCCUAGAACGGCAUGGCCUCGAUCCCACCAAGAUGCAGACCGCAUCAAAGUAUCGGAUUUCCCCUAUAAUUGGCCCCGGGAAAGCACUGUUAUCGACAGUUUGACAGCCGCGUUUCAAAUUGUCGAGAAAGAAAUAGCACCCCUUCUUGCCGAUGAGCUGGCCAAUUUCGUGAUUGUGAACCUGAGAGACGAACUGAGGCAGGGAUUCGACAAGGUUUCAACUCCUCGAGACCAUCGUUUCUAUGAUGUUCUUGCAAGUGAGGACAGAGUUACUAAAGGCCUUAACUACGCUUUCUGGUUUUACAUGGCGGCCUGGUGGGGGCCAGGCCAUCCUGACCUAGGGGCCAUCCGAAACGACAUGUCGGCGCUUUGGGGUGUAGAGUUCCCGACUGAUGCGAUAUUUUACCCGUCCAAGAUCAGCGACAAGAACCAGAAGAAGCUCUACGCUGGAAUCAAUCUAUCCCUUGAGCCUGAAGGACCGGGACUUCCCAAAGGACGAACCAUAUCUCGACCACGAGCGGCAUCUCAUGCGGAAGCUUCCACUCAGCCUGAAGCAACAUCGCAAGCACAAGUUUUAUCUCGAUCAGUCAUUCAACCUACAGACAUCCAAAUGAAAGCUCGACAGCGAGAAAUCGUCGAUGCGAUCGAAAACAAUCCUGUAGGGAGUGUUCUUGGAAAAUUCGCAGCCAGCCUCAACCCCACGUGCCGAAACGCCAGAGAUGUAGGAAGGCUUCAAACUAAUCUCGAAGUUACAAGAAAAGAACUCCAAGAUGCCAAGGGAACGGUUGCUUUCCUCGAAGAAAGCCUUGAGAGCCUCCAGGACACCCACCACGCGACCCAAGCCUCACUCGAACAAGUCCAAUUCAAAGUAAAUGAUCUCGAGAGCGACUUGGAACAUGUCCAGAAGAACAGCCAUCAGCUGGAUAACCAAAACACCCAGCUCACUGAACGCCUGGACAAGUUGCAAGGAGAUCUGAAAAGGGCCAACAAACAUGCCAACGACUUGGAAGUCAAACUGAGCAAAGCAGAUGACCGCAUGGAUGCUUUGGAAGCAAAGCUGGAAGCGGCUAACGAGCGGGCUAAGAAGGGUAUUGAAAUGAGUGCAUUUAACCAUGCUCUGAUUGAGCCUCUGCUCAAUGAGAAUUCUGCCGAGGAAGAGGAUGGCGAGAUUUGA